UUCAAGUUACGAAAUGCAUUUGCAAACAAUUAUAUUUAGUACAACCAACAAUUAUAUUUUAAUUGCAUAAUGAGAAAGUAAACAAGUCAUACUUAAACAGCAAAAGUUUCAAUUAUAUAAACUGUUAAUUGCUAUGAGAUCUAUACACAAGUCUAUCUGUUUCUAGUGUUCUAAAGCAAUGUUAUUGACAUAACUCAACAACUCGUGUAACUUUAAAUAAUCAUUCAUUUAAAACUAUGGAGUCAUUAUCAAAACAAGAGUUAAUAUCGACAAUAACCAAACAAGCGGAUCAAAUUAAAAGAUAUGAAGCCAGGCUCAGAGAUGUUGUUGCUGCAUAUAAAGGACUUGUUAAAGAAAAAGAGGCCUUAGAAAUCAGCUUGAAAGCUUUGAGUAGAGGUGACAAUGCUAGUGGACAAGAUUCAGAAGAUUCUGUGGCAACACUUAUGCAGUCACUUGCCACAUUGACUGCUGAGAAAUCACGCAUGGAGGAGGCUUUUCAAGCUGAUAAGAAAGUUACAAGGGAAAAGUAUGAAAACAUGUUAGCAUCAAUGAGAGAAGAAACAAAAACACUAGUGCAACAGCAUCUUGUUGAAGUUAGCAAUUUGAAAGCAAAAAUAGCUUAUGAAAUUCAAGAGCGGGAGAAUGAGAGAGCAGAUCACGCUGCUAUGAUGAAAGAAUUGCAUGCAAAGUUGACAUCAGAAAGGAAAACUAAAGAGAAAUUGGAGGAUAAAGUUGUUAACACAACAGAAGCACAAGCAUCCCAAGCGGAGUUGGAGAAGAGAGUGCGGGACUUGAGCAGCAGUUUGGAGGCAUCCCAGCGGAGGCUGCAGCGCGCGGAGGCUCGCACAGUGGAGACGCCCGCGCUGCUGGUGCGGCUGCAGCAGAAGCUGGCCCUGCUUGAACAGUCACACUCCGUCGCUAUCAGAGAGGAACAAAUAAAAGCAAAACGCGCAGAAGAAUCUGCAAGAAAGAUUUGCGCUCGUCAAGAAGAGAGAGUGGCGUUGCUAGAGGGCAAGCUAGCGGAACUGUCACAGACCAUUGGAGAGUACGACUUGAGACGGAGACGAGAUCAGCAGACCAUACAGCAGCUCAAAGAAUCACUCAAUGGCAGUCUUCUGGACAAGAUGGCUACAAGACGUGAUGAGAUUCAACAGAAAAGCGAGACAGAUAAUGAAAAAUUAGCAGACAGUGAAUACUUACAGACGUUAAUUGAUAAAAUACAUAUACUAAAGAAGGAAUUAAUUGCUGAAAACAUAAAACUAGGCAACCCGGUUGAUAUCUCCACUGUGUUCAAAGUGGACGGUUACGACAAUGUACAUGACAAAUGUAAGGAAGAAUUGGAAACAUUGAAAGUAGAGUUUGAUAAGUACAAGACACAGAAUAUGAAGAGAAGUGAUGACGGUGCGAGUGAGACGGACGAUCUGAAGACAGAGAUAGUUGUGUUGAAGGAGAAACUGGAGACUUACAAGUUGAUGUGGGAAGAGGAGAAGCAAGACAAACAGGAUACGCUCAAGUUGUAUGAAGAGAAGUUAAAAAGCGAGAGAGAGUACCAGAAGGAGGUGACAUCGGAGCUGAGGAGCAGGGUGCAGCGGCUGGAGCAUCAGACGCAGACGCAGCGGGAGAGGUACGCCACGCUGCUGGAGGAGACGGACACGUACAUGCGCGCGCGCACUCAACGCAAACUCAGCACUGAGGAACUUCUCAAAGACGGACAUGGAAUGCUUAAUGAGGGCAGCGCGCCGCCGCACAUGCUGCACUACGCGCACGAGCUGGCCCGCAAGGACCUCGACAUCACGCAGCUGCGCAAAGACAAGCAUCAUCUCGAGGGACAAUACAGAGACUGUCAGCGUGAAGCGACUAUAGAGAAGGAACGUUUUAAAGAAGUUAUAAGAACAUUAAAGGAAGAGAUUGACAGAUUACGUCGCAUCCAGUCACGAGAGGGCGCCAACUUGGAAUAUCUGAAGAACGUAGUGAUGGCGUACCUGUUGUCUCACGACGCGGCGGGACGCAGACAUAUGGUGAACGCGAUCGCCGCAGUGCUGCAUCUCACGCCCGCGGAGACCGCCGCCGUGCUCGCCACGCUGUGACGCGCAGGCACGCAGGCACGCGGACACGCAGACACACGGACACACAGACACACAAAAAAUUGAAACGGUCUAUACAGACUGACAGAAGUCACUUGAAGCUAGCAGAGAGAGGCUAAAAGCUAGAAUCUUGAAUCUAGCUUCAAGUGGCUAGAUUCUGUGAUGAAUUUGCUGAUGAAAUGAUAAUCAAUUUGUAUCUAUAAAUGUUUUUUGGAGACAGAUUAUUCCUAAUAUAAUUACUAACAGUUAUCUUUAUGUUUUUAAAAGUGUUUGAUUUUUAAAGUUAUUUUCGUUUGAAUUGUAUAAAAAUGUUUAAGUUCCAUAAUUUUGUGAUUAGGUUAUG